GAGAGGAGACAUCUGCUAGUACAAAUCCAUUCAACUUACUCUCCAUGCCUAAAUAUCUCAAUAAUGUAACAAACAUAAGUGUCAAAUGUGGCUCUUGCAACACUUAAACGACAAUCUAAAGUCUAAAACUAUGUUACUUCAUCCUUCUGGCAGAAUAAGCAAUCACAGAACUUAUCAUUUAGAGCUGGUUUUUAGUCUGCAUAUAUACAGAGGCAUGGCUUUGUUUUCUAAAGCUGCAAUAUCUGAAGGCAUGAACCCUUAUGUAUUUGUUACUUAUCGUCAAGCAUUUGCUGUCCUCGCGUUGGCCCCACUCGCUGCCUUCUUCGAGAGAAAGACUCUGGUUCUUUUAUCCUACAACAUCCUGUUGAAGAUCUUACUGAUGUCAUUUCUUAGCACUCUAAGUUUGAAUCUCUACUACUUCUCCAUACACUAUACAACAGCAACCUUUGCUGCAGCCACCACUAACAUAAUUCCAUCCAUAACUUUUGUUAUGGCAGUUAUCCUAAGGGUGGAGACUCUAUCAAUAAAGCAGUCACAUGGAAUGGCAAAAGUCUUGGGUUCUUCAGUUUGUGUUUCAGGAGCUUUGGUGUUUGCCCUAGUUAAAGGGCCACAUUUUAACUUCAUGAACUGGUCUAUGGGGAAAACAAAGGGAGCUCAUACCUCAAAUUUUCAUUAUACUUUGAAGGAAGAAUGGAUAAAAGGUUCACUAGUCAUGCUUUUGGCUAACAUAAUAUGGUCUCUGUGGCUCAUUUUACAGGUCCCUAUUAUAAAACAAUAUUCGGCAAAGCUACGUCUUGCCACCCUAUACUGUUUGUUUAGCUGCAUACAAUCAUCAGUUUGGGCAAUGGCAAUGGAAAGGAACAUAUCAGCAUGGAAGCUCAAAUGGGACAUCAAUCUUUUUUCAGUGGCUUACUGUGGUGUGAUUGUUACAGGCAUAACAUACUGGUUGCAGCUUUGGGCAGUAGAGAAGAAAGGACCAGUAUUCACAGCCAUGUUCACUCCAUUAGCACUUAUCAUAACUGCUAUAGUGUCAGCAUUUUUGUGGAAGGAGACACUUUAUAUGGGAAGUGUUUGUGGAGGAAUAUUGCUAGUUGGUGGGCUUUACUUGGUCCUAUGGGGAAAGAAUACAGAAGCAGAGAGGGAAGUAAAUAAAGAUCAAAUACUGGAAACCAAGGAUGGUACCACAGUAAUUUGAUAGGACAGUAUUAUUUUUUUUACACUUAUUAUCCUAUGGUCACUAACAAGCAUGGACUGUCCAAUAUUUCCUAGCAAAUUAAAUAGAUUUGGUUCUUAUACAAAGUUUCAGUGCUCUCCAGUCUGAUCAUGAGCUACUCCUCCGUUUCAUAUUAAAUGAGUUAGUUUGACUCGACACGGAGUUUAAGAA